CUGUGUUGUCAGCAGUAACCUCGUGGUGUCGUGGAAAUUUGUGUGUGACAUUCUCCAGGUAAUUUAUAAGCGUUUAUAAACUGCAAACAAGAAUAAGUGAAGAAAUGUGUUUCGGAAGUAAAUUAACAUGGUUAUGUUCAUAACAACUAAAUACCUGAGUUGUUUGUGCUUGUUUUUGGCCUGACCGGUAAAAUCGCUACGUGUAUCUAAGUAAAAGAAACGGCUGAGUGUGUGACGUGCUGUCAGGAGCAGUUUGUCUGCGAAGUAAUCUCCUCAUAUACUUCGUGGCUAACGAGAAAAGGCGGACAGUGAAAUUCAAAGGUUGUCCAUACUGUAGAACUGAAGCGAUGGACCAGGAGCCAACUAAGUGGAUAAAAAAAGAUGAAACUCAUGAAGUACAAACUGAGUUACACUUCAUAGCCCAAGAUUAUGCAUGCAGCAUGAAUGUAAAAGAAGAGUUGGAGGAGGGUGUGAAUAAAGAGUUUCUUGAAGACCCAUUAAAGGCUGGCGACCCUAGUGUUUGCGUAAAGCAAGACCCCGAACUGAAACACCGUGCUGCUGUAUCUGAGCGUAAUUCGGUUGAAGAUCCAUUGGGAAUAUCUUUGUCCACUGAUUUUAUCAAGGAGGAUCCUGAAUUAAAUAUAACUGAGAAUACUGUGGAAACCUCAACAAGAUGUGCAUCUGAUAGUGCAAGAUUUACUCAGACUACUGGUGGGAGUUGCAGCAUAUCAUGUGAAGAAACUUGUCACCAUAGACUGGUCCAGGAUGAGUUGAUGAUAGACAUGGAGAAGUCAACACAAGGGUUCAGUACCAAUACAGAAGAUGUGACUAUUGAUAAGGAAUGCUCAGUUGCCACCAAAUAUGACUGUAGUAAGAGGGAAAAGGAAUUACAUGUAUAUAGCUGUAAUUUCUGCCAACAGAGCUUUACUUCAAAAUACAGACUCAUAAUGCAUGUGUUUAUGCACAUUGAUGGAACGCAACCACCUUCGUAUGUUUGUAAGUGGUGUGGUGAGGUAUUUCACAGUAAUGUUGGCUUGAAAAAGCAUAUGACAAUGAGUGAGAAUUGUCAAGUUUUAACUGCUGACAGUCAUGAAAAAUAUGCACAUAGUGAUGAGCAUCAAACCACUACCUCGUUGGAUAGCGAGGCAGAAGUUUCUGUCACAGAACACAAUGACCAGUCUUCAUGUAAGGAAACUUGGAAAGAUUCAAAGAAGCCCUCUAAUGACAUAUGUAACACACAUAUGACAAAUGAUAGAGAGAAAACAAGUAAUUAUGGAACUUUGUCUAUAGCUGUUAAUGUCAGCGCCCAGGCUGAUCUACUUACUGCCAACAGAACUGACAGAUGUGGUAUUUGUGGCAAAUUGUUUGCUAGGUCAGGUGAUCUCGAGAGACAUGUUUCCAUUCAUACUGGGAAAAGACUUCACAAAUGUGAUAUUUGUGAGAAAUGGUUUGCCCAGUCACGUUAUCUAAAGGCUCACAAAUUAAUUCACACUGGAAAGAAACCUUACAUGUGCGAGAUUUGUGGGAAACCUUUUACUAUGUUAGGUGGUCUUAAGAAACAUUCAUUACUUCACACUGGAAAUAAACCUCACAAAUGUGAGAUUUGUGGGAAAUCAUUUACUAUAUUAGGCAAUCUUAACAAACAUAUAUUAAUUCACACUGGCAAGAAACCUCACAAAUGUGAGAUGUGUGGGAAAGCUUUUGUGUUUUCAAGCUAUCUGAAGGCACACUCAUUAAUUCACAAUGGAAGGAAACUUCACAAAUGUGAGAUUUGUGGGAAAUCUUUUACUAUAUUAGGUAAUCUCAAGAAACAUUUAUUAAUUCACACUGGAAAUAAACCCCACAAAUGUGAGAUUUGUGGGAAAUCUUUUGCUAGGGCAGAUCAUUGCAAGACACACACAUUAUUUCACAUUGGAAAUAAACGUCACAAAUGUGAGAUUUGUGGGAAAUCUUUUACUAUAUUAGCCAAUCUUAACAAACACUUAUUAAUUCACACUGGAAAGAAACCUCACAAAUGCGAGAUUUGUGGGAAAUCUUUUGCUGCGUCAGGCUAUCUCAAGAAUCAUGUUUUAAUUCACAGUGGAAAGAAACCGCAUAAAUGUGAGAUUUGUGGGAAAUCUUUCACUAUGUCAAGCCAUCUCAAGAAACACGUAUUAAUUCACACUGGAAAGAAACCCUACAUGUGCGAGAUUUGUGGGAAAUCUUUUACUAUGUUAGGUGAUCUAAACAAACAUGUAUUAAUUCACACUGGAAAGAAACCUCACAAAUGUGAGAUUUGUGGGAAAUCUUUUACUGUAUUAGGCAAUCUUAACAAACAUGUAUUAAUUCACAAUGGAGAGAAACCUCACAAGUGUGAGAUUUGUGGGAAAUCUUUUACUAUGUUAGGUGAUCUCAAGAAACACUCAUUAAUUCAUACUGGAAAUAAACCUCACAAAUGUGAGAUUUGUGGGAAAUCUUUUGCUAGGGCAGAUAAUUGCAAGACACACUCACAAUUUCACACUGGAAGUAAACGUCACAAAUGUGAGAUUUGUGGGAAAUCUUUUACUAUAUUAGGCAAUCUUAACAAACAUUUAUUAAUUCACACUGGAAAGAAACCCCAUAAAUGUGAGAUUUGUGGGAAAUCUUUUACUAUGUUAGGUGAUCUCAAGAAACAUGUAUUAAUUCACACUGGAAAGAAACCUCAUAAAUGUGAGAUUUGUGGGAAAUCUUUUACUAUAGUAGGCAAUCUUAACAAACACGUAUUAAUUCACACUGGAGAGAAACCUCACAAAUGUGAGAUAUGUGGGAAAGCAUUUGCGUUGUCAUGCUAUCUGAAGGAACACACAUUAAUUCACACUGGAAAGAAACCUUACAUGUGCGAGAUUUGUGGGAAAUCUUUUACUAUGUCAGGUAAUCUCAAGAAACAUUCAUUAAUUCACACUGGAAAGAAACCUCUCAAAUGUGAGAUCUGUGACAAAAGUUUCACUUACUUGGAUACUCUCAAGACACAUGCAUUACUUCACGUCAGAAAGAAAAUGUAAUUAUGUGUUAGUUUACACAAAUAGGUUUUCGUGGUUGGUGCCCUGAAGGCCUAUAAAAUAAUGUAUGUACCAGGGGACAAUAAAUUGUACUUUCGGUGAAAUAACUUUAAAAUCUAGUAGAAUUGUGAAAAAACUUGUAAUGAUGUGUACUAUAGAGUGCUAACAGAUAAUGUGACAAAAAAUUCAUAUAUGUAGCUUCAGAUGCCAUGAAAUCGUAUUACCAAAUACUCAAGAUACAUGAAUCAAAUAUGUUUUUGUCAUUAGCACUGCUGCUUUUUCCUAUUACCUUGUGACAAGAAGAUUGUGAAUUGUGAUAAAUCCUUACAUUUGUCAGUAAUCAUAAGUAUCUUGCAAUAUUCAGUAUAAGGCCAAGGAAAUGUGAUGACUUGCUGCUUAAUAUUCCAAACAAAGUCAUCAUGUAGUACAUGUAACUCUGUAUUUUAGAAAUAGUGACUCUAAAAAGCACUUGCUUCAUCGAGGCUAGUAAACUCAAUACUGGAGAAACAUGAUUAUAACAAUUAUUUUACUCAGAUAUGUUUUCGCAAGAGACUUGGUGUGUCAUUAAUAGUGUGUACAUUUGUGUUCUGUUGGUAGUAAUCCUGCAUUAGUAAACGUAACAACAAAUAUAAGAACCUGCUUAAUAGCAUAUUUGGCCACCUUUGGAAUACAGUAGUUUGAAAAUUCUAAAUGAUAUGGACUUGACACAUCAUUUACAUGUUUCUGGGUGUAUGUUGCACCAGUUGUAUUCCACACGUUUAGAUUAGCUAAAUGGUAUGGUCAAGACAUCAGUGUUAGUUACCAUGCUACUCAGACCAUGCACAUGUGACAUGGACAAUUAUCCUGCUGAAAGAUGCCUCCACUAUGGGAGACCACACCAGGAAUGAAGGAAUCCAUGCAGUUGCAAUAAAUGUCACGUAGUCUGCAACUGUCAUGAUGCCUUCUGUUGCUAACAGGUGUCCCACAGGAGCCAAAGUGACUGCCCCCAUAGCAUAAUGGGCCCUCUAUUUGGUGCCAUUCAUUUAGAUGAUAGCAUAUCCGGAUGUGCAACUGACCUGGUGUAACAGGAAAUGUCACCCAUCCUGACAGUUAACAUUUGAAUUGACCCUCACUCCAGCCUCAAUGAUCCCUUGCCCACUGCAGUUGCAAGUGAACAUUUUGGUGGAAUCGGUAUGGAAACAUACAGUGACCAUAUGUUCCAGAGCCACACGUUCCACAAUGUACAUUGAACUGUGAGUUCCAAAACGUGUAUGGCUGCCCCAGCGUUGUUUUCUGUCAUUAGAUAUGUCACAUGUUGCCACAUACCCAGCUUUACAGAGCAGGCAAGCUUCUGACCUCCAUACUUUGUGAAGAAGUAUAGAUGUAUUACAUCUUAUCAUAAUGUUAUGGACUUAUUACCUUUCAGCCAAUUUCCUCAGAUGUUCACAACACUAGCAUAGAUCCAUUGUACCAUUUUUUGAGGUGCUAGUUCCCAACUGCAAUGCCACUUUAACUUGCCCUUUGCUAAAGUCAUUUACAUCAUUAAAUUUACAUGUUUGCAGCUCAUCUUACUGAUAGACCAAAAAGUGUAAAUAUCUGGUCUGCUUAUAUACUUGUAAACUGCUUAUUGCAUCAUGUGCAUACAACAUGGUGUUCAUUCUUCUCAUGAACAGUGUUCUUGACAUUUUUGCCCAUCAGUGCAUCUUCAUUUAAAUGGGUCAGAUGCGGAAAUGUGUAAUCUAAGAAAUUCAUCAUGCUUGGUUGCCAUUUACACUAGUGCACAAUAGCUAUAUUUUUUGUGAAAUAUUUUUGUUUCACAAAGCUCUGUACAUAAUUCAGAGAUAAUAUAGGUAAGUGUUAUCCACCAAAGCUCUUAAUUACUUGUUCAGCAUCUAAUACUGCGUAAGUUCUACAAAAAAAAAAAAAAGAAAUAGGUAAACAAACAUUAGGUGUUAUGAUUUGAUUCCAGUUUUUUUUAUACACAAGAACAACACGUGAGAGAGCUCAGAACGUGAGCACUAAAUAUUUCUUGUAUUAUAUUCAAAGAUGAUUCCAUUGUGGAUAUUUUUCUUAAUUUGUGGUAAAUAUACAUGAGGUUUUUGGAAAAUUGUACUUAUGCUUCAGUUUCAAUUUCAGAACGAUUGUUUGUAAUUUUGAUUUCCUACCUAUUUGUUAUUGUCGAAAGUGGUUUAGUAUGUUUCAUCAUAUGUGUAACAAUGGGAGAUAGUUAUAAUUAAGUGAUUGGCACUGUUCUGUGUUGCUACACUUCAGCUGUGACACUUUGUAGUGAUAUGAUUACAUUGUAUUUCAUCUUUCCCAUGAUAGUACAUCCACAACUGCUGUAUUGGUUAUUCAUAAUAGACAACAUCCACAUUCAUUUGUAUUAAAUA